CGACACGGGUAGCUGCGACUUGACUCGUUGGAUUUGAUUGCGCGUUGCGCGUCGAAGGUGUUAUCGAGACGGGAGAGAGAGAGAGAGAGAGAGAGAGAGAGAGAGAGAAGUCAGAGAAGUCGCACACCUCCCUGCGUGCGUCUGUACGUGGUGUCGUGUGUCGUGGACCGCUGACAUUGAAAGUAUUCCGCGAUAAGUGGUGCCGCCGUCGUCACUGCCGAGUGCCAUCGCCGUGUCGCCGUCGCCAGCCAGUGCCGUUGCCGUCGCGUCACGUCGUGCGUUCGCCCGAAUGCUGAAAUGAAGCAGAAGCGCGUCAUGUAUGGCGACGCGCGGAAACUGUGCGAGAGACGAACGCAAUCGGCCCCGUACGGGCCCUGCCUCGCGUCGGACUAACGAUCAAUGGCUUUAUUCGAGAAGAGAUACACGAAUAAAGUGCUGUUAGAUGAUACGGAGCGGUUGACGAGCGUCAUCGAAAAUGCGAGGACCAUCGACGGACAUACGGAAUACGUAAUCAAAACACAGAGAGGUCCGCUUCCCGAAAGAUCCUGGAGAGUGAGCCGACGUUACAAUGACUUCGUACAGCUCAACGCAGCUUUAUCCAUAUCUGGCUUCGACCUGCCACUACCACCUAAAAGGAUUAUUGGUAACAUGGAGCCAGACUUUAUAGCUCAGCGACAAAUAGCACUGCAGAAUUAUCUAAACAUAGUACUAAUGAAUCCUAUACUGGCAUCUUCGCUUCCCAUGAAAAAGUUUUUAGACCCUGAGAAUUACACUGCACCGUUACAUGAAAUCGCACUGCAACAAGUGUCAUUAGCAUUAAGAAGCGAUGCCAAUUUCGAAGUGUGCAAGCCCAUCCCCGAUAUGGGAUGGCGAUUGAGAAAGCAUUAUUAUACGGUGAAAAAUCGCCAGAACCCGAAACAGGAACUUCUGCUAGCUUGGGUCGAGUUCGGCCCUGACAAGCACUUGCAAGAUAAAGAUAUACAAGGGGUUUUCAAAACCCUAGGCUCUCUACGACACACUUACAUCGAACCGAUAGUACACCAGCAUGUUACGGACAACGGGGCGCUAACGAUAAGAAAUUUCUAUGCGGCGGGCACAUUACGUGACGUUUUAUGCAUUACCAAGCCUAAACAACCGUUCAUCAAAAAAUACGGCAAUCCUAAACAAAUAAAAUCACUAACCGUGCAGGAAAUUGCCACGUACGGUUACCAGAUAUUAGAGGCUUUGGGCUAUCUCCACGAAAAAGGAUUGCCUUACGGUCACUUGCAUACCGGCAAUGUUCUUUUAACUCCAAGAUGCGCUAAAUUAUUGGAUAUAGAAAAUGGACUCAUAGGAUUGCCGGCGUUUUACCGACCUUACGUGGUUCAAAGGCGCAAAUUACAUGCCACGACUCAAGUUGAUGUAUACUCAUUUGGGCACGUUUUGUACGAAAUGGCGUUCGGACGACCGCUUUUGGAGGCAACGUGCUCCGAUUUACCGCAUUGCGAAGCAAAUCUAAAAAAUUUGUUGGAAGUCAUCUUAUCGCCGGAAGCUCUGAAACAAGAUCUGCCAACAGUGAUGCAGCUGUUGCAACACCCGUUUUUCGAAUCGGCAAGGCGCGCUGCGUUGGCAAUUGGCAACGUGGAGAAACCGUACUUUAAACUGAGCAGUCAUUUGAAGGAGGCUUUACAAGAAGCUGUAAACAAAGCCGAACAACGACUGCGCGAUGAACAAAAAGUCGUCCGACAUCAGAAGAGGCUUGUCAAGGUACAAGAAAUGAUGAGCUCGGAAGAAGAAAUGAAGAAACGAAAACAUAAACUGAGGAAAGAGCAGAAAUUGGCGCAAGAACAACGUUCUUCCUCACAACUGGGUACGAACGGGACAAAGCAAAUAAAUGGUAAGAGCCCAGAGCGUUCAGACAGUCCAACAAGUACUUCCACGGCUACCAGCGUUGGAACGCUAACUCCUCCAUCGCUUCGUUCGGUGGAAAUUACGCAAGCAAAUGCAGUUCCUGGCAAAAGUGUUCCACCACCACCACCUUCGUUGCCACCGCCAUGUGAAGCAUCCGGUGGUGCGUCGAAUAGUGUAUCAAAAUCAUCAAAUGACCGUGCUGCUUUACUCGGAAGUAUUUGCAAUUUUGACAAAAAUAGACUGCGAAGGAUUACAAAUGGACAUCGUUAAAAAUGUUAGAUAUAUAGAAGAAAGAAAAAGUCACGCAGAUUUUUUAUUUCAAGUCUAGCGUGAUUGUUGGGCGAUGUCGAACAAAGAACUUCCCUUGCUUGAUUAGGACAAGAUAACGUAUCUAUUAGAUUAUAAUGAUGAAUUCAAAGGUCUGGAUGAUAGCUGUAUUGUGCUUCUUGUGACUCCUAAUUGUACUGAAUAUCAUUUCUUUUCGAUCGCGACACUUUCAUUUUACAAAUUAAAAAAAUUUCAAUAUUUUGUUUAUUGAUGCUCGCCACGUUAAGAGGAUUGUAGCUUAAAGCAAUUAUAUUAAGAAUACACUAUUAAAUUUGUGAUAUAUAUAUAUAUGAUCGGUAUUAGUCCCGUUUGGCCUAUUCUGCGUUUUUACGAAAUAUAAUGCAAUGCUUGCUUCGUCUGUAUUAGAUCUGCCGUCCAGGAACGAGCCUAAACGUACAGAACAACCAAUCAAAAUAUCAAUUUGUUUGAAAAAUUUGCCAUCUUUACGAGUCGUCUCAUAUCGCAUUCUUUCCACUUGUGUAUACACUAGAGAUUACGUAAUUUAAAAAAGAUAUUGUAUAACGUAAUAAUAGGAGUAUAUAAUUGUAUAUUAUCUAAUUUACAUACAGCAAUUAUGCUGGGAGCAAUUUGAAACAUUUUUAGAUUUUAGAUUUAUUUCGACUUUUAUGACUGCUCGACUGUAAAUCAAGGAUGUACAUUCGCGAUACAAUUAUUGGAGAAAUUCCAUUUUCUAGUCCAACAUAUCUCCCUCUUAUACAGUUAAUAGCAUCGUAGAAUUUUGUAACAUAUCUUGUUUAACGCGGGCCAAGUUUCGCGAUCGAUUUUGCAUUAUUGUUAAUCAGAUCUUAUUUUUCUCUUUCUAUAUAUAUAUAUAUCAAAUUUGUUUAAAUAAAAAAAGAAAAUGAAGGCAGUGAUACACAAUGGGGUGAUAAUAUGUAUGUAUAUUAAGUAAAAAUCUUCUCUCGUUAUACUCAUCUGCUGUUCUGUCUAUUCAAAGUUUAUGAUAUACAUAAUAUAUAGUAUAAAUACAUAGUUCGUGUUCGUACUGUACAAUGCAGGGAUCGUACGCCGCUUUUGUAUCGCUUGUAAGACCGGAGUGUCCAGUUUUACAAAUUUAAAAACGUGCCAAGGGAUAUGCGGUCUUCGUAUUGAUAGAUAAUAUGAUACCAGCAGUUAGUAGGCCCUAGCGUAAUCUAUUUCUAUAUGUUGACAACGGUCAAGUAUAUGUCCUGUAUAAUCAAUUUGUCUGUGGAUAUUAUAACGAAAGCUGUAAUAUAUAAUCAUACCUUUUAAUACACUUAUUGUCUUAGAUGUAUAUGGCAACUGUAAAAUUAUGAUUCGUCAAAUGACUUCUGGCACAGAUGGUGACGAAAAUAAUCCAAAAGGCAUAUAAAUAACAAGAUGGAAAUUAUAUAUUUAUCUCUACUCUUCAGGAUCAGCUUCCAACAAGUUGUCUAUAUACACUCGAAAAUAUAAAGGAAUAAGUUCAUGUAAUUUCAUGAAAUUUUACGUUCAACCAAAUCUUGCAAAAAAUACCGCGACAUUACUAGAGUAUGUAUUAAUGUAUUUGAUAAUAUAAAUAUUUUUUGGAAAAAAAAACAGAUGUUGGCCGAAGGACGAUAGAUCUAGAGUUAACAUUUAUCGGCAACAAAAAUACUAUUCUUUUAUGAUAAUAAAUUGUGUCAUGCACAUAGUAAUAAAAUCUUCAGAAUCGACUAA